CACCCACAAUGAUCACAUGACUCCGGGAUCACUUGACUCUGAGGGUUCGCCUUGUGUUGUGCAGUCGGAGGCUAUUUGGAUGCUAUUUUUGCACGAAUGAUUAAAACGUACUUUCCCCAAUUCAUUUGCAUCGUAUGUAAACGUCUUACAGCCUGCUGUACGUGUUUAUAUUCAUUAAAAGUACAAGUUAAGGAGGAAAAUAGGUUAACUGAACAUAGAUUUGCACAAGUUGCCAAAGCUAGCUAGCUAGCUAGCUACCCCGGACUAUCUGAAUUAAUCAUUUGUAGGUCGUAAAACAAGUGUUCAUCUGUUCAUUUUAUUAUGGCCUCUAUUCUUGAUGAGUAUGAGGACUCUCAGAACAUCAGGCAAAGUUCUCAGCAGCACAGCCGCCUAUCCUCUGCCAACAUCGGGCUAACACACUCAGGCUUUGUGAAUGUCAGGCUGGAGGAAGAAAAGCCAAUAUUCAACAAGCAGAGGAUUGACUUUACUCCACCUGAGAGGAUAAAUCAUUUGGCAGUCUGCAACAACCAGCUUUGCAUGAGUCUGGGAAAGGACACCUUGUUAAGGAUUGACUUGGCAAAACCAGAUCAGCCCAAUCAAACUGAAUUAGGGAGGAAAGAUGACAGCAAAGUGCACAAGCUGUUCUUGGAUCCGACAGGCUCCCAUCUGCUGAUCAGCUUGAGCACCAGUGAGUGUCUGUACCUCAACAGGAACACACAGAAGGUGCGCAGUCUGUCCCGCUGGAGAGGCCACUUGAUCGACAGUGUGGGCUGGAACAAGCUGCUGGGAAACGACACCAGUACUGGGCCCAUCCUGGUUGGCACCAGUCAAGGGAUCAUCUUUGAAGCUGAGAUCUCUGCAAAUGAGGGCAGCCUGUUUAAUACCAACCCGGAUCAGUACUUCAGACAGGUCCAUUCCCUGGAGGAGGACGGCAAGCCGGCACCAGUCUGCUGCUUGGAGAUAGAGCGAGGCCCAGAAAACAAGUACUUCAUCAUCGCCACCACCCGCAAGCGCCUCUUCCAGUUUGUGGGUAAGGUGGCUGAAGGGUCGGAGCAGCAAGGCUUUAGCACCAUCUUCAAUCAGAACCAGGACCUGCUGCCCAGUUUCCAGGAGUUCCCAGCCAACAUGGGAUACAGCGAGAUUACAUUCUACACAGCAAAACUUAGGAACUUCCCCAAAGCGUUUGCCUGGAUGAUGGGUAAUGGUGUCCUGUACGGUCAGAUGGACUACGUUAGGCCGGAUUCCCUGCUGAGCGACGUCCAGGUAUGGGAGUACACACCGGAUGUUGACAUUAGUCAGAACAAACCCAUUUCGAUUGUGCUGACACAGUUCCACUUCUUGCUGUUGCUUCAUGACCGAAUAAAGGCAAUCUGCACCCUGAAUGGACAGGUGGUGUUUGAGGAUGUGUUCCCAGAUAAAUUUGGCCCCCUUAAGAGGAUGAUCAAAGAUCCGAUUGGGGGAUUGGUGUGGAUCUACACGGAGCGCGCAGUUUUUCGAUAUCACAUCCAGCGCGAGGCCAGGGACGUCUGGCAGAUGUACAUGAGCAUGAAUAAGUUUGAUCUUGCUAAGGAGUACUGCCGCGACCGGCCUGAGUGCAUGGACAUGGUGCUAGCUAAAGAGGCUGAGUACUGCUUCCUGAAUAGGAGGUACCUUGAAAGUGCCAAGUGCUAUGCAAUGACGCAGAACUACUUCGAAGAAAUAGCGCUCAAGUUCAUCGAAGCAAAACAAGAAGAAGCGUUGAAGGAGUUCCUACUGAAGAAACUGAAUAAUCUGAAACAGAGUGAGAGAACACAAAUCACCUUGCUGGUCACCUGGCUAACCGAACUCUACCUGAAUCGCCUGGGGCAGCUGGAGAGCGAUGGCAACAGCCUCAUCUUCCAGGAAACCCGAGAUGAGUUCCACCAGUUCUUGAGCAGCUCCAAGCACAGGGAAUGCCUAUUCAACAACCGUGGCACCAUUUACGACCUGCUGGCCAGCCAUGGCAACGUGGACGACAUGGUUUACUUCUCAGUCGUCAUGCAGGACUACGAGAGGGUCAUAUCUCACCACUGCCAGCACGACAACUUCAGCGCGGCUCUGGAUGUGCUCGCCAAGCACUGCAAUGAAAAGCUCUUCUACAAGUUCUCGCCUGUCCUCAUGCAACACAUUCCCAAGAAUGUGGUGGAUGCAUGGAUUCAGAUGGGCAAGAAGCUGGACCCGAAGAAGCUAAUUCCGGCUCUGAUGAACUACAGCCAGAUGGGCAGCGCCCAGCAGAUCAAAGAGACCAUCCGCUACAUGGAGUUCUGUGUUUAUGAGCUGAACGUGACCGAGGAAGCCAUUCAUAACUACCUGCUGUCGCUUUAUGCAAAGUACAAGACAGACUCUUUGUUGCAAUAUCUAAGACAGGCAGGUACUCACCCCUCAGAGAUCCACUAUGACCUGAAGUAUGCCCUCAGGCUGUGUGCAGAGCAUGGCUUCCUUAAGGCCUGCGUGUUGGUUUAUAGAAUCAUGGAACUGCAUGAGGAGGCGGUGGAUCUAGCUUUACAAGUGGACGUAGACUUGGCCAAGUCCUGUGCAGAUCUGCCUGAGGAUGAUGAGGAGAUGAGGAAAAAGCUUUGGCUGAAGAUUGCCAGGCAUGUGGUGCAGGAGGAGAAGGAUGUGAAGAAAGCCAUGAACUGUCUGUCCAGUUGCAACCUGCUCAAGAUUGAAGACAUCCUGCCUUUCUUUCCAGAUUUUGUCACCAUUGACCACUUUAAGGAGGCAAUCUGCAGUUCCCUGGAGGAGUACAACAAACACAUCGAGGAGCUGAAGCAGGAAAUGGAGGAGGCCACAGAGAGCGCUAAACGAAUCAGGGAAGACAUCCAGGAAAUGAGGAAUAAGUAUGGUGUUGUGGAUUCCCAAGAAAAGUGUGCAGCAUGUGACUUCCCGUUACUCAACAGGCCCUUCUAUUUGUUUCUGUGUGGACACAUGUUCCACAACGACUGCCUGUUUCAGGAAGUGACCCCCCACCUGUCAACCUUCAAGCAGAAUCGCCUAGAAGAGCUCCAGAAAAAGCUGGCUGCCACAACGCAGUCCUCUAAAUCCCGCCACCGUCCAGCACCAAAGGAGGAAGGCGAUACAGCCAGUCUGGGAAAGGGCAUCGCAGCAACAAGUCAUGAGCAGAUAGUAUCAGACAUCGAUGACAUUAUUGCGUCCGAGUGCGCGUACUGUGGCGAACUGAUGAUCAAAUCCAUUGACAAGCCUUUCUUUGAUCCACAGAAAUUUGAACAAGACAAAUCCAGCUGGCUUUGAAAACGCUGAAAGAAAAUGAUAUGUUUGUGUCUGUGACAGCAUGUCAGUUGUAGGAACAAGGAAGUUGGUGGAAACAAAUUUCUGCCCGAUUGCCUGUUGGUAGUGCCUAUUCUGAUUUACAGAGCCCUUCUUAUUUUGCUGUCAGUAUGUGAACCUGAUGGGACAAACUUUGCACUUUGUAUAGAAGUAUUUAAUGAACGGCUGUCGUGAACUGACUUUGUGAAAGAUGAUCCAAGACAGUGUGAUGUAACAUAUUUGCAGUACAUAUUGCAUAUAUGUGCCUGAAUGUCUGACAAUAACUAACAAUCACCACACUAUAGCAGUUUUAACUUUUAACAUUAGAUUGUUUGGCAUAACAUGUACAUUCAAAUCUGCAUCAGCUUGGUCUCUGUGUCUGUAUUCAUUUACUAUUCAAUACCUGAGACAAAUAAACUGCUACUUCAUAAUAAAGACAUUUUGGGACUGAA